GGUAUCUUGGGGGGGGGGAAGCGCCUCUGAGACGUGAAAUGCAUCUUUGCUCCCCACCCCCAAUUGGCGCUGCUUCCUCUGCCUCUUCCCAUGUGGCAUUUUUAGCUGGUUUGGCAAUACAGAUGGAUGGAUGGGCUUGUUGCUGGGUUAAGUUGGGCAUUGUAAAUAUUACCUGGGGUGCCUUUCCCCCCUCGUUUUUAGUGUGUGUUUCGCUAUGGCAUUUUAAAUCUUCCCAGUUUUGCUUCGUUUCUGCAUCUUUUAACCCGUUUUGCUUUGUUUCUGUGUGCUAAACUGAACUGACUAGUCAGAGUUUCCAGUUUCUUUUGUACCUUUCGUGAGGGGAGGAAAUGACUUUACCAGAACUUGCUCCAAGUUGGUCACACACAUCGUGUCUUCAUAUCACAGGGACUUGAAAAUUGGAGAAAACUGUGGCCGGUCUCUGAGGUCUUUUUGGGGGGAACCUGCCUUGAUUUAGGAGGAGAUAAAAAUGACAUCUUCUUCGAUUAGGAGACAAAUGAAAAACAUUGUGAACAAUUAUUCAGAGGCUGAAAUAAAAGUUCGGGAAGCGACUUCAAAUGACCCCUGGGGCCCAUCCAGCUCCUUAAUGACCGAAAUAGCAGAUCUAACAUAUAAUGUGGUGGCCUUUUCUGAAAUCAUGAGCAUGAUCUGGAAGCGGCUGAAUGACCAUGGUAAAAACUGGAGGCAUGUUUAUAAGGCUUUAACUCUGUUGGAUUACCUGAUUAAAACUGGGUCGGAAAGGGUGGCACAACAAUGCAAAGAGAACAUCUUUGCUAUCCAGACUCUGAAGGAUUUCCAGUACAUUGACCGGGAUGGUAAGGACCAGGGCAUCAAUGUGCGGGAGAAGUCCAAGCAGUUGGUGUCCCUCCUGAAAGAUGACGAUCGGCUCAAGACAGAGAGGGCCCAAGCCCUGAAGACCAAAGAGCGUAUGGCACAGGUGGCCACUGGGGUUGGUAGUAAUCAGAUCACCUUUGGCAGAGGCUCCAGCCAGCCUAAUCUCUCCACCAGCUACUCGGAGCAAGAAUAUGGCAAAUCAGGAGGCUCACCGGCUUCUUAUCACGGGUCUACAUCACCUCGAGUGUCUUCAGAGUUGGAGCAGGCGCGGCCUCAGACGAGCGGGGAGGAAGAGCUGCAGCUGCAGCUGGCCCUGGCAAUGAGCAGAGAAGUUGCAGAACAGGAGGAGCGCCUUCGGCGUGGCGAUGAUCUGAGAUUGCAGAUGGCUUUGGAGGAAAGUCGCAGAGAUACAGUGAAAAUUCCCAAAAAGAAGGAGCACGGAACUCUGCUGGACCUGAUGGAUGCCCUGCCCUCUUCAGUGCCAGCUCCUCAGAAAGGAGAGCCGUGGGGGCCACCACCUGCAGCAAGCCAAGCUGACCCAUGGGCCCCCUCUACAGUUAGCAGUUCCACCUCAGACCCCUGGCAGUCAUUUGGUGCCAAACCAGCAGCCUCCGUCGACCCCUGGGGAGCCCCAGCAGUGCCCUCUGCUGCCCAGCCUGUUCCAAAGAAUGUAGACCCCUGGGGUCCCUCUCAGCCACCCUCUGUGGCAACAAAAGCCGCUGUUGAUCCCUGGGGAGCAGUGCCAGCAAACAAGCCUCUUUCUGCUUCUGGUAGUAAAUCUUUUGACCUCUUCAGCAACUUAAAUGGGGCAAUUAAAGAUGACUUUUCUGAAUUCGACAACCUUCGGACAUCUAAAAAGCAAGGUUCCACUUUGUCAGCCCAGAACAGUGGCACUACCAGCCCUGACCUCUUUGACUCUCAGCCUGCCAACUCAGCCUCGAGUAAACAGAGCGCGGCUCGGAAAACUCCCGAGUCUUUCUUGGGCCCCAACGCCGCUCUGGUGAACCUGGAUUCCUUGGUAUCGAAGCCUCCCAAGCCAGCCCCUUCACUGAACCCGUUCUUGGCUCCAGGAACGGCCGCCACCGCCGCUGCCCCUGCUGCCGCCGCUCCAGCUCCAUCGCUAAUCAACCCCUUCCAAGUGAAUCAGCCUCAGCCCCUCACUCUCAAUCAGCUGCGGUCGAGCCCCAUCAUGGGAAGCAGCCCGUCCUUCAGCAGUGUGCCAGUGGCGGGCAUGGAGCCUGUACCUCUGCCUUCCGUGGCACCGGUGGCGAUGGCACCCAUGCCAGUCAUGGGCACCGUGGCAUCUCUUACCCGAAUGGGCCAUGGGAUGAACGUGGGGCUUGUGGGCGCAGUGGCUCAGCCUCUUCACAGUACCGGGCUCCCGCCCUCGGCCUCCCAGCCUGCUAACGCUACCAAUCCUUUCCUCCUAUAAAGGCCAAGGUGGUGGAACCUAACUUGGCAAGAGGUUUUGCAGAACUGAGUGGAAUUUUCUGAGGCCGGUUCGGGCUGAACUGUGUGUGCACAAGAGACUUUGGGGGUGCAGGGGGAACUAGGCUUGUGGUUUACAGUUGCAUUCGUUGCAGAUUUCUCUCCCUACUCACUGUUUAAUCUCAACCUAGCCUUCUCCCGCAGAUGGUACUUCUUACUUUCAGCUUGCGGGAGCAUCGCAUAAAAGGUCCACACUUGCACCAUGAAAAUUAGAUUUUCUUCUCUCCCGUUUCCCCUCCCCCCUUUUUUUGUUAAUCACUUCAAUAUUAUAAGAAGUACCUGCCAUUUUUAGUAGACCAUGUGCCGGACUGUGAAGCAGCUGCAACCCGCGUCUGCCAGAGCCCCAUCCUUGUAAAGAAUAGAUUGGAGACUCAACGGCGCUAGUGGACAUAUUUGCACAUAACUAUAUACUGUUCUAGACUGUUGGUUCACCCCUAGUCCUUAUACAUCUUAGGAGAAAAGAGAGGGAUGUGGGGUGUCCAGGAAUUAUAUUUCUCUCCCCUGCUUGUACACUAAAACAUGGUAGCGCAAACUGUACCUGUGGACUGGGGUCGGGUGGGGUCGGGUUGGAGCUGGCGGAAAAGGCAAGCUUGAUGAAAGCGGGACAGAAGCAAGCUCUCAUUUGGUUGUGAAAUCCUACAGGUGUGCUGUUUUUUUUAAUGCAGUGUUGAGUUUGUACCCUUUCAAGGACUCCUCAAGGACUUCUGUCUGAGUGGCUGGCAUGCUGCGCUUGUGUUCAGGAGUGUUUCGCUCUGUGCUUGUCCGAUAGUGAGUUCAUUUGGACAUUAAUGUGCGUAGUUAUCCUUUCUUUUAAAAAUUGACUUGCAAUGCAGGUUAAAAAUGAAGAGAGGGGGUGAGGGAGGAGGCAACAUUGAAUUCAACUUCAUUGGGGCAAGUUUGGGAACUAAUUUGGGAUGAACUCUGCUAAUACGUAGUUAUCCUUAUAUACUUUUUUGCACUUUUUUUUAAAAGAAAGACUAGUACCAUUUUGGAUUUGAGUUGGCAAGAUUGGCACUCGGUUUCUGUCUUGCUAAUUUUUAUAAUGUGGUUCUUAUUUAACAGUCUGUAGCUUCGGUAGACUUUAUCAGGUCUAGCUAAAAAAUUAAGUUACAGUAACUUUAUGAUUUAAUGCCCUCUUAUUUAUAUAUUUUAUACAUACAUAUAUAUAUAUUAGCUCUUGGUUUCCAUAAAGAGAAUUUAAAAGGGAAUACUGAUAAACCUUUUGCUUUUGGACGAAGAGUUUGAAACGAAAGCUGAAGCGCUCCUGUGGCAUAAACUUUGAGUGGCAUAUGAACGUAAGAUGUCAUUUAUAAGGAAAACACUACAGUUGCCUUUCCCCCUCCCUCUUUUACGAUUAUGUCUCCCUCGUGAUGAAUGGAAAGACUCUGAAGCCUUUUAUAGACAGAAGAUCAUGAAAGACCACUUCUCUCUUGUAAUAACUUUGGGAAACUUUUAAAGGAAAACGCUGUAUGAUUGUUAAUUUUAAUCAACUAAAUUCUUCUAACUAAAGAUGCACUCUGUGCUAAUAACCUGCUCUGUUUACAGUCUUCUUUGCAAAGUGAAUUUUUGAUUACUCACUAAGCCAUACUCAGGUUGAAGUCGUCGUUACCGGCUCUCUUUAAAAAUGGCAACUCGCUUGGCUAAGUAGGCUGCCCUUUGUUUUCCUAACCCUUCUUCUUUGCAGUGCUAACUAAGUGGCAGAGCACCUCCUUGGCAGGCAGAAUGUUCUUGGUUGAGUCCCAGGCAUCUCCAGGUAGGACUGGGAAUGACCCCCUCUUAAACCCUGCAGACCCACUGCCAGUCAGUGCCCCCACAGCACUGAGACAGGUGGGCAGAGACUGGGUGACAUCUCCAGCAUCAGACCAGAGUGUCGAGGUACCUGGUUCAUAAGCUUUUGCUCGAAGAUCAUGACAACAGUGGCAUUAAUGGGCCUGCAAUCAUUUUGAGAAAUGCUAGUGGAAGUCUUGAGGCUAAUGUAGAUAAAGCAGCUACUUGCCAGGAUGCUUGUGGCUGUAUAAGCCUAACCUUCUCACCCCACCUACCCUGUGGCUUUUCAUUUUCUUAGCCCAGAGAUUCUAGAUCUCUCCCUUGCGUCCAACAGGCCUCAACAAAAGUUAGCUCUUUGAGCAACAGUGGAGAUGCUAUGAAGAACCCAGGUGGUUUGGCGUUCUAGAACUUAGGAAUUUAGCCUCCAGAACAUGUUACAGCAAAUGGGAGCGGAACCAAGUAUGUUUCAGCCCAAUGUUGGUGUAUUUCUUGCUUGUUGGCUAUGCUUUCUUCGGUUGGGGUGGGGGAGGGGGUGGGGCUCAUCCUGACAGGCAAAGGGAGGUGGUGGAAGAAAUUGGUCCAGUUUACAGCUUGUCACAUUUCCAGAACCAACUUGCGAACUGAAACACAGCCAUCCUUCCAAGAUUUGCGCUCGCUGAAUUUUCUGAUGCAGUUCUCCACAACCGAAAAAUGUUCAGAAAUGCAUUUAUGGGGGAAAGCGGACACGGCGAUGUCUAUAUUUGAAAAAAAUGACACACACAAAAAUGCAUUGCGAUAGGGGGAAUUAUUUGCAAAUUGGGGGGAAAAUGAUUACAUAGAGAGAGGCAUGCACAAAAAUGCAUUCACAUUUUUGUGCAGGAUUUAUAAAAAUUGCACCCUGGUGAGAAAAUGGGGCAGACCAAAGUUAAUAUCAGAAAAACGAGAGAAAUUGAAAUUGACACACUUGGUCAUGCUUACAUCAGGGACCGGUCUCGAUCCACAUUCAAGGGGUUUUCCUAAAAAAUUAAAAAUAAAUAAAUAAAACAUCUUAGGAUCCAUAUUCCAAAUGUUUCCUGCUCAAGGUAAUGCUUUUCUUAAAUAAACAUGAAGUGUAGAAUAAAAAACACA